GGUCCGGAGCGCUCGACAGACGCUGAGUGAGAGGAGCCGCCGCCGCUGCUUGUUGCGCCGCAGAGACGAGCGCGUCCAGCCGCUGCGCUUCAUCUGGAACCUGCGGGAAAUUAGUCUGGAAAAGUUUUAGGUGACAAACCGGACAAAAGCCAGCUGGACUUUGGGACUCUUUUUUUUUCUUUUAGGAUUUACAAGAUUGUGUUGAGAUGACUCCUCAUAUCCUCACACACCUGCUCUGCCUGGUGUGUCUGUGCUCCGGUCGACCUCAACCAGCAGCACCGCACUCAGUGAGGAUGGAGAAGAACUCGCCUGCAGUUGGCUCUCUGGCAGGCCGGGUGGUGCUGCCGUGUCACUUCUCCAUAACGCCAGUUUCUCCCAGCAGCGUGACACACACUCCUCCACCAGGACCUCUCCUCACCGACCCCCUUCACCUCUGGAGUCCUGAGGAGCGGCUGAGGAUCAAGUGGACGAAGCUGGAGGGUGAGGAGGAGAAGGUGGUGCUGGUGUCCCAUGGAGGGCUGGUCAAGAUGGCGAAGGGUUACAGAAGCAGGGUGUCGUUGCCCAGACACCCACUGUCGGCCGGGGACGCCUCCCUGCUGAUAGAGAGGCUCAGGGCCAGUGAUGCAGGACUUUACCGCUGUGAGGUGAUGCACGAGAUGGAGGAUACUCAGGACACCGUCAGCCUCAACGUCACCGGUGUUGUGUUCCACUACAGAGCGCGCACCAGCCGCUACACCCUGGAUUUCCCUGCAGCUGUGGAGGCGUGUCACGCUGCAGGCGCCUCCAUCGCUUCACCGGAACAACUGGCGGCUGCCUUCGAGGACGGUCUCGACCAGUGUGAUGCAGGUUGGCUGGCAGACCAGACCGUCAGAUAUCCAAUCACCGUGCCCCGUCCCGGAUGUGCAGGUGAUCUGAUGAGCAGGCCCGGAGUGAGAACGUACGGCGUCCGCGACCCCACAGAGAAAUACGACGUGUACUGCUUCGUGGACAAACUGCACGGUGAGGUCUUCUACCCUCCGUCCAUCAGCGAUAAGCUCACCCUGCACCAGGCGAGGGAGGCGUGUGAGAGGCACGACGCCGCGCUGGCGUCGCCCGGUCAGCUGUUCGCCGCCUGGAGGGCGGGGCUGAACCGCUGCGACUACGGCUGGCUGUCCGACGGCAGCGUCCGCUACCCCAUCACCGUGCCCCUGCCUCAGUGUGGAGGAGGCCUGCUGGGCGUUCGCACACUCUACAAGUAUGAAAACCAAACCGGGUACCCGGACCCCACGGACAAGCACGGAGCUUUCUGCUUCAAGGCCAAACAACCAAAGCCUACGACCAUGAGUCCAGCGAUGACACCGGCUGCAUACAGACCUGACGACCCCACAUACGAUCCCCACACUCCAACGCUGUGGCCGGCCUUAGACCCAGAAAGAGCUGAAAUUCAAACAAGAAAACCAGAGUCUGUCGCAUAUUCACCAACAGAGAGACCACACACAGCCACGCCCGACCAACAUGGAGUCCCCCACACCUCCCCUCACACCACAGCCUCCGUGACCCCCACUUUCACCAUAGACGACUACGAUGUUCAAGAUUUUGACGUAAACAAGGUGGAGUCGGUACCAGUGAGAGGAGACGUGGUCCCCAUGCAGUUCCCUCCCUUACCCACCAGCCGCUCACACAUCACACACCUCGACAUCUCUCACGGGGGAGAGGAGGGAGGCCAGGCGGGGUCGGACCGAGGUGAGAGCAGCGGGGAGGGGGGCAGCAGCGAUGACAGCUCUAGUGGGGCUGGGGUGGGAGCGGUGGUGACACCAACGCAGGUGUGGGUGGAAACCACAUCGAGACCAGGUUGGCUCCUAGAGACCACCACAGGGCGGGAGCUGGGCACGGAAACCACAUCGAAACCAUCACAGCCGCCAGAGGUCACUCCACCGCACGCUGACCCAGGAACCCUCACCCCAGGGACCGGCCUCACCACAGGGCCCGGCCUCACCCCAGGGACCGGCCUCACCACAGGGCCCGGACUCACCCCAGAGCCCGGCCUCACCACAGGGUCCAGCCUCACCCCAGAGCCCGGCCUCACCUCAGGGCCCGGCCUCACCCCAGAGCCCGGCCUCACCCCAGGGCCCGGCCUCACCUCAGGGCCCGGCCUCACCACAGGGCCCGGCCUCACCACAGUGCCCGGCCUCACCUCAGGGCCCGGCCUCACCUCAGGGCCCGGCCUCACCACAGUGCCCGGCCUCACCUCAGGGCCCGGCCUCACCACAGUGCCCGGCCUCACCACAGUGCCCGGCCUCACCAUCAGCAGUGGAGAUGUUGAGCAGCAACAGCCUGCAGUGGUUUUUAAAGAGGAUGUCACCCGUGGAGCCAUAUCAACGUCUGAUCUUGACCAAUCAAUGGACAUUCCUGUGGGGGAGGAGUCAUCGGCCAAACCGCCGUUCCAUCUCAUCAUCGUCAAUGUGGACGGCCAUAAUCAGUCAGUUGACCAUAUCGUGGAAAUCUUAAAGAAGCCUGUCAGUGGUUCCCAGUACCACUUCCCCCAGAUCACCGACCUUUCUCAUUUAACCAGUGGAGGUAUUCAGGGCAGCGGAGACAUCGACUCUCUUAAUCCUUCACCCAUCAACCUGCCUCCGUCUAUCAGUUUUGUCAAUGGAAAACACGAGGUGACAUUUGAGCCAGAUCAGCCAGAGGAAGCGAGAGGGGAUCAGUUUGAGACGGCGACUCCUGUUCGGGUAGAAGAUCCUGAAGAAGAGGAGCAGGAGGAAAGCGUGACUCCUUUUGACUACAGUGCCAUAGAAAUCCCCACAGAGGAGACACCAACAGAGGAAAGCAGUGAUGCAGUCACUCAUCCUGCAGAUAUAUACCCAGAUGUAGUUACAGACUCGGGAAUGGACACCUACACUGUCCCUUAUGUCUUUACGGACUUUGAGACAGUCAGAACUCAAGAACCAGAUGAUCAGACCACCACCACAAUCCCAUAUACACAGCAUGUCUCACCAGCAGCACCUACCACACCAUCAGGCUCAGUCGUCCCCGCUGUCUCCCAGCCUGUCACUGAUGUGGUCUCCAUCAACGAGGACAUGGAAGGUUCUGUAGACGAUGGAAGUGAUGGUGCUACGCCGGAGGGCUCAGCAGACGACGCUUUGGCCACCACAGCUGCAGACAGCCAGCUGGGUGUGAGGACUGAUGAGGCGGAAAUCGGGGGAACCGAGCUUCCCACUUUUAUCCCAGGCACACAGUCACAAGAAACCACCACACAGACCCGGACCGAAGACUUUGACGGGUCUGCCUCGGGAGAGGAUGAACUCUCGGGGCAAGAACCACCGGAGGCGCCCAGGCUUACCAGCACGCUACCACCAAUUUACUCUACCCUUCACUCCCAGCAGCCUCAAUCUGCAGCAGGUACCGAAGUCACAGAAGUCCCUGUAGUUUUAUCGACUGUUGACACCGUUACAGAAACAGGCUCAGGUGCAGAGCAGCUGUCCGGAGAGGGGGAGGUUUCUGGAGAGCAGGGUGAUGUGGUUGACCUUCCUGGAGAGGCUCCUGCUACUGUUUUACCAGCUGUGGCAGGUGUUGGAGAGCAAACCACACUCCCCACACACAUGAAGGACUUAACCUCAGAACCUAGUACAUCAGAACCUUCCACACUUCCAUCCCUCGCUGCCACAGACGAUAAGAAAAGUCCUGCUGUUACCACCGAGCCGGCACACGCAGCCUCUGAUGACCACACCACACACCCUGCCGAGCUUCACGGAGACGAGGCCGAGCCGUCCACCACAAGUUCCACAACCUCUGAUGUCCACACCACACACCCCGCCGAGCCUCACGGAGACGAGAACGAGCCGUCCACCACAAGUUCCACAACCUCUGAUGUCCACACCACACACCCCGCCGAGCCUCACGGAGACGAGAACGAGCCGUCCACCACAAGUUCCACAACCUCUGAUGUCCACACCACACACCCCGCCGAGCCUCACGGAGACGAGGCCGAGCCGUCCACCACAAGUUCCACAACCUCUGAUGUCCACACCACACACCCCGCCGAGCCUCACGGAGACGAGAACGAGCCGUCCACCACAAGUUCCACAACCUCUGAUGUCAACACCACACACCCCGCUGAGCCUCACGGAGACGAGGCCGAGCCGUCCACCACAAGUUCCACAACCUCUGAUGUCCACACCACACACCCCGCCGAGCCUCACGGAGACGAGAACGAGCCGUCCACCACAACUUCCACUAAGUAUGUAAGCCAGCCAAUGCUUUCCACAACAUCGCCCUUAUACACUUUCGACCAAAGUACCCACUCCGUCCCCGAGUGGGCUCUGUUCCCCGACCCGGCUGCCACCCCUCUCCCAGACGACGAUUUUGUGGACUAUGACAAAGAGAUCGUCCCCUCUGUGGUGGAGUCGCGCCCUAUUAAACAGGAAGAGACCACGGCCACAGAGCAACCAGAGACCGGCAUUGACCCAACUUCUUAUCUGGAGGCCAGCACUGUGAAUGUCAGAGAUCUUCUGCCGUGUUCAACCAGUGUGUGUCAGAAUGGAGGCUCCUGCUACAAGAAGGGAGCACAAAAUAUCUGUGUGUGUGCACCUGGAUACACUGGGCAGUACUGUGACACAGAUGUUGAUGAGUGCCAGUCUAACCCGUGUCUGAACGGAGCCACCUGCCUGGACGGAGCCAACUCCUUCAGCUGUCUCUGCCUGCCCAGCUACACAGGAGAGCUCUGUGAACAAGACACUGAGGUGUGUGGAUUUGGUUGGCAGAAGUUUCAGUCUCACUGUUACAAGUACUUCACGCACCGUCGGACGUGGGACGCUGCUGAGAGGGAGUGUCGGCUGCACGGCGCCCACCUGGCCAGCAUCCUGACGCAGGAGGAGCAGCUGUUUGUCAAUCGUCUGGGCAGUGAUUACCAGUGGAUCGGCCUGAACGACAAGAUGUUUGAGAGGGACUUCAGAUGGACUGAUGGCAGGCCGAUGCAAUAUGAGCACUGGAGGCCGAACCAGCCGGACAGCUUCUUCCAGUCAGGAGAGGACUGUGUGGUGAUGAUUUGGCAUGAGGGAGGACAGUGGAACGACGUGCCCUGUAACUAUCACCUGACUUUCACCUGUAAAAAGGGAACAGUGUCCUGUGGGCAGCCCCCUGUGGUGAAGGAUGCUCGAGUGUUUGGGGCCAUGAAGCCUCGAUACGAGAUCAACUCCUUGCUCCGCUACCACUGUAAACAGGGUUUCAUCCAGAGGUAUGCGCCCACUAUACGCUGCCGGGCCAGCGGCCAGUGGGACACACCCAAAGUCACCUGCACCAGCCCCGCAACUUACCACAAGUCAUUUACUCUCCGGCGCCGCAACAACCAGAACAAUGAGCAGCAAAACAGGCUCUAUAACCAUCACAUUCAUCGCAGCACGAGUCAUCAGAAACACAACCAAAACCAAGAGCAACAGCAGAGUUACAACAUCCUGCAGAAUCUCUGGAACCCUUUCCAGAGUCGAGUCCAGCAGCUGCUGAGGGAGAAGAGGGAACUGCAGGUCCAACCACACAACGAGGAUCAGAUGAGACACUGAUUCGGUUUGUGGUUUUUAUAAAUCAGCUUUGCAGCGCCAGCCAGUCACAGCAAGCUGGCCGUGUCAGUGCAGAGGCAUUGAUAGACAGACAGAGAUAUGCACUGAACUGUCUAUCAAUGGCUCUGAAAGGACAAGGGAGAUGUUUCACCAGCACAUUGUCCACAGACACUCCAGGAUCAGAACCGUGACACUAGUGAGAGUUUAGUUCGUUUGUAAAGUUCACUCAGAUUAUAUCAAAUCUCCCCACAACAGCACAGUUCUCCUCUAAACAGGAAGGCUGGUGCCUUAAUGGCCUCACUGUGUUAAAGUUAAUAGUCUGACAACACGCGUGUGGGUGGUCUGAGUCAUCAGAUAAUGGUUCUGUGUUCACUUUCUCUGGACCUGACAGAGAAUCUGAACACAGUCUGAGAACCCACUGUCCUCUGUGAAAUCUAACUUUAAAGGUUCCCUGUGGAGCGUUUAUUCACUGAGUCUGUUUCCAUUGCACUUUCUUGCAUUUUGCUUUUAUCAACUUACCACUUCCAGCUGCUGGUCAGUCGAACGAUGUGAAACCAUCGGCAGGAAUGUGGACCACAUCAUCCACAGAGACGAGACGCUAACAAAACACAAAACCACUCUUACAACUGUCGCCCUACAGCACUACCAGAAUUCAAAACCUCCACAUGGUACCUUUAAGUUUGGGAAGAUACGGCACAUAGAGAACGAGCAGCGUAGUGUUACUACCAAAACACAAUAUUCACUGAGAUAUUCGUGGUUUAUUUUUAUAUGAGCUAGUCCACUGGUUUUGAGAAUUUAGAUCAUGUUAUUGAUAGACUAUAAAGAGCAUGAAUUCAUCACUUUAAAUUAUUAUCACAGAACAUUUUCAGUUUGUCCAGUCUCCGUUUGUGCUGCUUUUACCCAUUUUUUUUUUACUGCUUGAUUUCCCCUGUAGAUUUUUGUACAAACUGUUUUAGUACAGAAAAGGUUUUUAGAGGAGAGAGCGGAGAUUUAAAGAGCAGCACACAGAGCGGAAGAGUGCACCGUAGGUCAUUAUGAAUGUGUGGUGUGUGUGCUGUGGCUAUUAAUCAUAGGAUAUAUAAUAUAGAUACUGUAUGAAGCCAUAUGAAUUUAACUUAUUGUAUACUUAAAACUAUGAAUGGACUGUGAUAUUAAAGGUCAUUGGAACUGAAGUGAUUCUGUUAAUGAUGACUUCGUUGCUGUUUACAGAUUCUGUCACGUUGUUUCUUGCAGAGAAAAUGUCUUAUCAUUUACAGUGGGGCGUGCUGCCGCCAUGGAUGUUCGCUGCAUUUAUUUAGCAGCGUUAGCUAAUCGAGCAAGUGAUGAUGAUUUUAUUGUGCUGUGAUUCAAAAUCAACCCAACAAAUUCACCAAAAUCAACCCAAAAUGCUCCUGAUUAUUUUCUGAACAUUUUCCACACUAUUAAGUUGGGUUUUGAAAGUGUUCUCAGCUAAAUGUAGUAUGUUGUUUUGUGCUGCAGCUCUGGAAACUGUGUUUUUCACCCAACAAAUAAGGGAAUGUGAAAAAGACUCGUAGAGACAACAUCUACAUCCUCCACAAGAUUUUUUUUAUGUGAUCCUUGUGCAUUUUACCUUCUUUUUCCAUGUUCUUCAUACAUUUUUUCUUUUUAUAUAUUGUUUGUCAAUGUAUAUGCAUUUUAAAAUCUUUUUCUACUCCAUAUGGUUAUUGGGGUUUACUGUGUCCGUGGCACAAGAGCUUAUUUUUGUGUAAUCAGUGUCUUUCUCCAUUCAAGUUACUGUAAAAAUGUCCAUCAUUCGGGUUUCAAUGUCAUUGUCAGCUUUGUGUGCAAUAAUAUGAACUCUUAUA